AUGUCGUUCUCAUUCGGUUUCACUUCCACGGAUUUUAGUGACGACGAGUUAGAUGGUGAGAUCCAGCAAGGCCAAUCACAAGUAGGAUCGACUAUUCAAUCGUCACAUCCUUUAGAUGCUGCUCAUUUGUCGUGUAAAGAUGUGGUUCAACCUCUAUGGGAAAAUCUGGAAGCAAUGAUCAAAAGUCUAGAGAACGUUAGAAUUUCCUUUGAAGAGUUCAGAACACCACAAAAUAAUACGGUUCUUUAUAGAAGAGAACUCUUUGAUGUUAAGCAUCAGCUUAUGAGCGAAGCUGAUGAAGGCAAUGACGAAAAGGUCGAGUUGGACAUUUUAAUUGGGGAAACAUCUGAAGAUUUGCGAAAGAACGUUUACGAAGGAGGCCUAAAAUCCUGGGAAUGCUCAAUUGACGUUGUUGAUUCAUUGAGCGUAAGCGAUGCUCAGUUAAAGAAUGUGGAUUGUGUACUUGAAUUGGGUUGCGGAACAGCGUUGCCGACCGAGUAUAUCUUCUCCCGCUAUUUGAAAGAGCAAUCCAAGAGUGGAUGUAAGUUUAUUCUUUCCGACUACAAUAACAGUGUACUACGACUUGUUACGAUUCCCAAUCUCAUUAUCACUUGGGCCAAAACAAUACUGAGCGAUGAACAAUGGAUUCAACUACAACAAAGUGGCAACGAGGAUAUCCCAAUCAGAACUGAUGAAUUGCUACUGACUGCAGGAUUUUUAGAGGCCUUCUACCAGGACAUCAAAGAGAGAAACAUAUCGAUCGAUGUCAUAUCUGGGACAUGGGGUCGUUGCUUCAGCAAUUUAAUACCAGCGAGACUAGACACUGGGAAAGAAAUUCUGAUCAUUUCAUCUGAAACUAUCUAUCAGCCGGAAAAUCUUCCCGUGGUCGCAGAAACAAUACUAGAGGUAAUUCUGUCUAAGCAGCCUGGCAAUGUGAAGGCGAUCGUGGCAGCUAAAGACAUUUACUUCGGCGUAGGUGGCAGUAUUAUGGAGUUUGAAAAAUACUUGAAGAAAAGGAUAGCAAAUGCUGCAUUGCCAAUUACAUAUAGCACAUACAAGGUCGACUCUGGUCUGAAGAGAUCUAUCAUUUCUAUACAGUAA